UUUGCAACAGGUAAUCUUACUUCUUUAAAUUGGUUGACCAUUGCACAAUGCAAUUUCCAAGGAUCUAUUCCUUCUUCGUUUGGCAACCUCAAUCAACUGGUGCAUCUAAAUCUUAAAUCCAGCGGGUUAACCAUUGGCACCUUCCCAUUAUUUUUUAUGAAUCUCACCCGCCUAUCUUUCUUAUCCUUAGAAGGAUGCAACUUAAUUGGUGAGAUACCAUCUUGGAUAAUGAACCUAACAUCUCUGGAUUACUUGAAUCUUAAAAGCAAUACAUUUUAUGGUGAAUUCCCACACUCUCUUUUUAGAAUGGACAAUCUUACAUCUCUUUUUCUACGCUUCAACUCGUUGCAAGGGAAACUAGAGCUUGGAUUGUUUUUGAAGAUGAGAAGGCUUUCUUUCCUUGAUUUGGGUUACAACAAAUUAUCUUUACUCAACGAGAAAGGUUCUUUCAAUGCUACCCUUCCCCCACUUGAGGUGUUAGGCUUGGAGCAAUGCAAUUUAACUGGUGGAAUUCCAACUUGGAUAUGAACCUAACUGGCUUACAGCGGUUGGGUCUUCAAGAAAAUCACCUUCAAGGUGAAGUUCCUCACUCUCUGUUUUCACUAGAGAAUCUUCACACACUUUCUCUUAGUAGUAAUUCUUUGGAAGGAGAGAUUGAGAAUGAUAUGUUUUUGAAGCUCAAAAUGCUUAGUUAUCUUUCUUUAUCUGACAACAAACUCUCUUUGCUCCCGGGAAAAGGUUCUUCCAAUGGAACCCUUCCUCCAUUAGAAGUUGUAGAAUUGGAUUCAUGCAAUUUGGUUGAAUUCCCAUCCUUUUUGCAAGACUUGGAUCAACUGGCAUUUCUAGGCUUAUCAAACAAUGAUUUCAAGUCAGUGGUACCUAACUGGAUUUGGGAGAAAAAAUCUCUUCAAAGUUUGUCCAUUUCGGGGAGUUCAUUGACAGGGGAAAUAUCUCCAUUGAUCUGCAAUCUAAAAUCCCUUGUGCUUCUUGAUCUGGCCUAUAAUAACUUAAAUGGCACCAUUCCAUCAUGUUUGGGAAGCUCUAGCCAAUCUCUUCAAAUCAUCAUGCUACAUGGAAACAAAUUGUUUGGCCACCUUCCUCAAACAUAUGUCAUGGGAAGUGCCCUUAAGAUGAUUGAUGUCACUGACAACAAUUUGCAAGGCCAGCUGCCAAGAGAAUUGGUCAAUUGUAGAAUGCUUGAGUUUCUUGACGUGAGCUAUAACGCGAUCAACGACUCAUUUCCCUACUGGUUGGGAUCACUUCCUGAGCUGAAAGUUAUCGGCUUACGUUUUAAUGAAUUUCAUGGAAUCAUAAAUUGCCCAAAUAUAUGCACAUUUCCAAAGCUUCACAUUCUUGAUCUUUCCCACAAUAAGUUCUCUGGAAAUUUGAUUCCAGAGAUGAUCAUGAAUUUGAAGUCCAUGACAACUUCCAACAUAAGCCAAUUACAAUAUGAGGAUUCGAUUGUCUUUUUUGGGGGGGAAAAUUGGUUUACUCAUGUUUCCUAUUCAUUCACAAUGUCUAACAAAGGGGUUGUCACAGAUUAUGAGCAAAUUCAGAAAACAUUUUACUGCAUGGUAGCCAUUGAUAUUUCGGGUAACAAAAUUUCUGGAGAGAUUCCAUCUGUUUUGGGGGAUCUCAAGAGUCUUGUUUUGCUCAACAUGUCCAAUAACUUGUUUAUUGGUCACAUUCCAUCUUCCUUUGGAAAGCUCUCAAACCUUGAAGCACUUGACCUUUCCCUCAAUGGCCUGUCAGGAAAAAUUCCCCAAGAAUUAGCAGAACUCACCUUUUUUGAGUUUUUCAAUGUGUCCUUUAACAAACUCUCAGGUCCUAUACCAGAAAACAAGCAAUUUUCUACGUUUGAAGGAAACUCCUUCGUGGGAAACCAAGGCCUGUGUGGGAUACAGUUGAAGAAGCAAUGUCGAGAUAGUAGUUGGUCUCCCCCAACUGUACUUGAUAAUGAUCAUGACUCAGGAUCUAUCAUUGAAUUCGAUUGGAAAAUAAUUCUAAUUGGAUACGGAGGAGGAGUUGUUGCUGGACUGGCACUUGGAAAUGCUUUCGGUUUAGAUAUUCUUGCAUGGUUAAAAAAUAAGAAAUUACUUUGCUUUUCUUACCCCUUUUAAGUCCUGUAGGAGUCUGUUAUGUAGUAAGAAAUUCCUAUAUGCUCUUGUAAUAUGUGUAAGCCAUUAAAAAUUAUAGAGUAAUAAAAGGUUUGAAUAAUACAAGAGUUUUUAUGUUAACCUCAUUGUUUAAAAUUUAAGAGAAGAGUCUUUUAUAGAGCAAUGAUAUGAGGAAUAGAUGCAAGUCUGCUUUUAC